CGCGGUCCUGAUUGCUAGCCUGAACUGUGGGCUGAGGGACGGAUAAGCAACAGCAGCAACGGCGGAGAAGUAGUAGCAGCAGGCAAGGGAGGGGUUUUUCUCGCCUGCUCCGAUAUGGCCGGACAGCAGUUCCAGUACGACGAUAGCGGCAAUACGUUUUUCUACUUUCUUACGUCUUUUGUUGGUUUAAUUGUCAUCCCUGCCACCUAUUACCUCUGGCCGCGGGAUCAGAAUGCAGAACAAUUGCGGUUGAAGAGCUUGAGAAGAGUUCAUGGAAGAUGUCUGUGGUAUCGCCUCAGGCUUAUGAAAUCACAGCAGAGCAUUGUCCCAACACUAAAAAAAGCAGCCCUGCUGUUUGGUUGGGCGGUAUUUAUCUUCCUGGCUUAUAAGGUGUCUAAAUUAGAUCGCGAGUACCAGGAAUAUAACCCCUAUGAGGUCCUAAAUCUAGAUCCGAGUGCUUCUAUGUCCGAAAUCAAGAAGCAGUACAGGGUGCUGUCGCUAAAAUACCACCCUGACAAAGGAGGAGAUGAGGCCAUGUUCAUGAAGAUUGCUAAAGCUUAUUCAGCUUUAACCAAUGAAGAAUCGAGGAGAAACUGGCAGCUCUACGGCAACCCAGACGGCCCUAGAGUCGCAAAUUUUGGAAUUGCUCUUCCUGCAUGGAUUGUUGAUCAGAAGAACUCCAUGCUGGUGUUGCUGGUGUAUGGUUUAGCCUUUAUGGUCAUUCUUCCAGUGGUUGUGGGUACAUGGUGGUACCGUUCCAUUCGCUACAGCGGUGAUCAGAUCCUUAUUAACACAACCCAGCUCUUCAUGCACUUUAUGUAUAAAACGCCCACUAUGAACAUGAAACGGUUAGUGAUGGUGCUGACGGCAGCCUUCGAAUUUGACCCACGUAGCAAUAAAGAAGCUAUUAUAAGACCAACGGACAACAUUGAAGUUCCGCAGCUGAUUCGGGAGCUGGGGAACAUCAACGUGAAGAAGAAAGAGCCUCCAUUUUGUUACCCCUACAGUCUGAAAGCUCGUGUGCUUGUCCUCACACACCUUGCCCGGAUGGAGGUGUCCGAGAAUAUCGAAGAAGACCAGCGGUUUGUGGUGAAAAAGUGCCCGGCUUUGCUCCAGGAGAUGAUCAACGUUGGCUGCCAGCUUACAAUGAUGGCUACCAGCAGAGGAGGAUUCCGCGCUCCCAGACUCUCCUCGAUUGAGAACUGUAUGAAGUUGACUCAGAUGGUGGUGCAGGGGCUACAGGAGGCCAAGUCACCUUUACUGCAGCUGCCCCACUUCGAGGAAGAGCACCUCAGAUACUGCAUGUCCAAAAAGUAUAAGGUACGGAGCCUUCAGGACCUGGUGAGUCUGAAGGACACCGACAGGAGGAACAUGCUGAGGUUUCUAGGAGAGGAGAAAUAUGACGAGGUUAUAGCAGUCCUCGGAAGUUUCCCUCACAUUACCAUGGAAACCAAACUUCAGGUGCUGGAUGAUGAAGACAGCAAUAACAUCACAGCAGGAUCCAUCGUCACGGUUACGGUCACCUUGACGCGGAAGAGGAUGUCUGAUGUUUUUGAGAAGGAGCAGGAGAGUCCAGCACCGACGGAGGAGGCAAACACGGAGGAGGCACAAGGUGAUGGCGCGAAGAACAAAAUGAAAGUCUGGCAGAACAAGAGUAAAGGUGCUAAGAAGGCAGCCAAGUCCAAAAAGAAGAAACUGACGAAGAAAAAGCCGGUGUCUCAGCAGCAGGUCAAAGGAGACAAGGCCAAACAGGCCAAUGGCAACGUGGCAGGAAGCGAAAUGGUUGCAGCAGCCAAAGAGGAGGAAGAAGAGCUCUCCGACAAGGGCAGCGACUCGGACGAGGCGGAGGGAAACAAGGACUCUCCCAGCGAGAGAGAUGACGAGAGCGACAAACAGAGCGACACCGAGGCAGACGAGGUCACCGGAGACGACGAGGAGGAGUGGGAGGCCUUGCAACAGAGCAUCCAGCGGCGAGAGCGAGCCUUGCUGGAGACCAAGUCCAAGAUCACGCAUGCUGUGUAUAGUUUGUACUUCCCAGAGGAGAAGCAGGAGUGGUGGUGGCUCUACAUCGCUGACCGCAAGGAUCAGACGCUGGUGUCCAUGCCCUACCACGUCUGUACUCUGAAAGACACGGAGGAGGUUGAGCUGAAAUUCCCUGCUCCGUCCAAAACGGGGAACUAUCAGUAUUCAGUGAUUCUGAGGUCAGACUCGUAUAUGGGACUGGAUCAGAUUAAGCCGCUGAAGUUGGAGGUGCAUGAAGCGAAGGCCAUGUUGGACAACCAUCCACAGUGGGACAUCCCAGAGACCGAGGAAGAGGAGGAGGACCAGGAGGACAGCGACGGAAUCGAGGAGUCGGAAGAUGAUGAUGAAGACAAUGACUAAGCCAGCCAACUCUAUAUGAACUGACUCACGCCCAUGUGCCCUGUCAUGUUCUCUCUCUCUCUCUCUCUCUCUCUCUCACGCCCCCACCCCACACACACACAAUUUUGCCGCUCAGAAGCACGGUCAUACACAAUGUAAACACGAUAUUUUAAGAAGUAUGUGAUGGCCCUCCAGGGGAGGAAAAAAAAUUCCUCCUCUGUUUACUUUGAAAUCCAAAAUGGCUGCCGGGUCUCUUUCUUAAAAGUCCACAAUGAGGCGUUUUACCAACUGUCGUUUAUGAGAAAUAAACAGACUCCUUCUAUGAAAAGACACUUCAUGAUCAUUUCUCUCCUCUCCUCUCCUCCUCCCCCCCAAAAAAAGUAUAUUUUUUUUCUUUUCCCCCCUCCUUUACACAUUGAAGAUUUUCUUUUUUCAGGUUUGUAGUAGAAUAGAUGACAUAAUAGAUCAGGACGUGGGGAGUGUGAGCUGGACAGGCUAAUGGGUGCACGCGGUGUUGAGUGGCAAUGCUGAAUAGGGAACUGGAGGCGUAAAUAUUAAUCAUCUCAUUUUCAUUCUAGUUCAAGGUCUGGAAGCUCUGCGUCAGCUCUGCCCGUGACACUCAUCAUCUCAUCAUGACAAUUUCAGACAUUCCACAGCCAGGUUUUUAGUGCGCGCUAACCUUCGUAAUGGACCACCUGUAUGCUUUAGUGUGUCUCGGUCCUAAUGCAGACCUGUGUGAAUGCACAGGUAGAUUUAGCUGCUGUUUUUAUUAGUCAUAUCCUUUCUUCUAAGGCUAAAGAUCACUGCAACAUCCAAACUCGACAAAGCCCCCAGACUUGCUAACAGCACACUAACUCCAUGGCACUGUGUGUCUCUAGGAUUUUGUUGAAUUGGACAGUGAGACUUUAAUGGUAGAGAGAGUUCAGGACGGGAAGAAACUGUGUAUUGGCAUCACAAUAAGAACACCUUUUGAUUCCGUUCAUUUGGAUUAAAAGCGUUAUCUUAGUAUUUUCCUAUUUAGAUCACGUUCGACUUAUAAGAUAUGCCUUAUUCUUACGGGAAAGUUUAGAGAGCAUUUUAAAUACCUUCAAGUUUUAGGACGUUUUGAUUUGUGUUUCCUGCUGGCAAAUCUUUAUUUUUGCAUUUUUAUUUCGACACCUUUACGCCAAUAAUCAAAUCCAGUUAUCUGUAUAAUAACCUUAUUCAAAAUAAUUAAAAAGGCGACGUACACAGUGGGUUAUUUAUAUGAUGUGAAAUUGUAUUUCCUUCAUUUCAAAUGGGUUGAAGUCACAGGGCUGUGAAUUGCUAAGUUUCCCCCUCUUAGGGUUUUGCUAGUAUUUAGAGAAGAUAGUUUGUCUAUUUUUGUAUCUAUUCAUUUUUGUGAUCAUGUGGAUCGGUUUCCUCAGUGUGUUUGGACACUUUUUCCGGGGGGGUGUUAUUGACUAGGCGGCGGCGACGUACUGUCUUGUGGUUUCAAACAGUCGAUUGUGUGGUCUGUUUUAUGUCAGCAGGACGAGCGGAGAGGGAGAACUAUAGCUUUAUUCUCCUUCCAGAAGAGCUCUUUGUUUAGGGUAUGAUGUGUCUAUAGUAGUGAUGUGAAGGUUACUAAUGGGCUGGAUGCCCCAGUCUGCCGUCAGGACCCUGCUAUAAUAAUAAUAAAAGCAGCGGAUGGAUUUAGCCUUCCUGUGGACGUGGUUAUUUUUAUUUCUAUCUAAAAGUAUUUUUCAGUAGGGAUUUUUCCCCCCCCCAAUAUUAUUCCGUUUUUGAUGGCUGCAUGAAGGUGUCUGGCUGUGCUUGAACAUGUAAUUAUGGCCCGUGAGAUCUGUUCAUCGGUGCUCUCAGAAAGCUGUUCUGCAGGCAAGCAUGAAUUGUGGCUAUGUAGCCUAUAAAAUCUCAAUUCAUUUCCCCUUCCUAUUUACUACUUUUAUUAUUAUUAUUUUUUUUUUUUAACACUGAUGAUGCAGGACUUUGGUGGACCCCAGUGGCAAUGGAAGUUUGCUAAUUUUUGCUAGCCAAUGUUAUACUUUUAUUACUUCCCUCUUUUGAAUUAACAUUAGCCUAAACAAAAUGCUAUUUGUGUCUUUUUAAAGAAAGCAUUGUAUCUUGGUUUCAUAUUCAUACACAUGCUUAUGAUGUACCAAAAGAUUAUUUUUUUUUCUAGUUGGGUAGGUGGUUUAGUAUUUCCUGAUCCACACAAAUGUAGUCCUUUAGAGCGAUGUGUACGAGAAGCUGUGACAUGGAAAAUAUGGUGAAAAUCAGCCUUUGUGUACACACACAUUUGUUUAUAGGCCAAUAAAGGCUUGACCCGUAUAGCCCAGCAAAAACAAGCCGCAAAAGAGGUGUAGUGCCCAGAAAAACCAGUAUGUCUGCCACUUUUGUUUACAAGAAUACUCAUUGUAAAAAUGGAAAAUAUAUAUAUAUAUUAUUUGUAUUUAAGUCAUUUCAAAUAAAAUAAUUUUUAAAGUUA